ACUGAUAACUUGUGUAUAUACAUCAGUCUGGGAGUCCGGAGACCGGCGUCUGGCUGGGACUCUAUACUGGGAGAGUGGAACACCGAGAGCUCUGCUCCGAUAUUCCAGCACCGAUCCCUCCGAGAUAUUCCGAGUUCCGAUCAAUGAUUGGAUGGAGUGAUGACAAGGCGUGACAUCUGAGGAAGGGAAGAUCACGUCACAUACAGAGAACAUACAGACCCUUCAGCCAUGUUGGAGAAGACAGCUGCUCGUCAGAUUGGGUCGUGUUUGAUGAGGUGUCGUACUUUGGACCCUACAAGUCCCCUGUGGACCGGGUUCUCCAGGUUGUCCACGGCCCCCCUCAUCCAUGAGGCCAGGGAAGACGCUUCGCUGGCCAGUCAGACUCUGCCCUUCGAGGCCAUUCCAACCACCGGACGCAGCGCCUGGUUCAACCUCUUCCAGUUCUGGAGGAAGAACAGCUUCCAGCGCAUGCACCUCGCCAUGGAGGAGAACUUCCAGAACCUGGGGCCCAUCUACAGGGAGAAGUUGGGGACGCACAGCAGUGUGAAUAUCAUGCUUCCCCAGGAUGUGGCGCGACUCUUCCAGUCUGAGGGCGUCUUCCCACGGAGGAUGACCAUGGAGGCCUGGUCCAAGCACAGAGAACUACGCAACCACAAGCAGGGAGUCUUCCUACUUAACGGCGAGGGCUGGCGUUCUGACCGAAUUAUCCUGAACAAAGAGGUCCUCAGUCUCGCCGGGGUGAAGAAGUUCCUCCCCUUCCUGGACGAAGCCGCCGCCGACUUUGUGACCUUCAUGAAGAAACGGAUGAGCAAAAAUGCCAGAGGGUCGCUGACCGUGGACCUGUACGCCGACCUCUUCCGAUUCACCCUCGAAGCCAGCAGCUACGUGUUGUAUGGACAGCGCCUUGGACUCCUGGAAGAACAUCCCAACGCCGACGCUCUGCGUUUUAUCACCGCGGUGGAGACUGUGCUAAGGACCACUCUGCCAUUAUUGUAUUACCCCCACCAGAUCCUACAACUCUUCCAGACCCGCCUAUGGAAUGACCACAUGCAUGCCUGGGAUGUCAUAUUCGAGCAAGCCGAUCGUUGUAUCCAGAACAUCUACCAGGAGUACUGUCUGGGUCAGGAGAGAGGAUACUCGGGAAUAAUGGCUGAGCUUCUUCUACAAGCCGAGCUUCCACUUGACUCCAUAAAGGCCAAUGUCACCGAACUGAUGGCGGGAGGAGUGGACACGACGGCCAUGCCAUUGCUCUUCACUCUCUUUGAGUUGGCUCGGAACCCCUCUGUGCAGAGACAGUUGCGGGAAGAGAUUCGGAAAGCAGAGGCCCAAAACCCCAAUGACCUGAACCAAGUCCUGAACUCCUUGCCUCUUCUGAAAGGAGCAAUCAAAGAGACCCUUCGGUUGUAUCCGGUGGGGAUCACCGUCCAGAGGCAUCUGACCAAGGACAUCGUUCUGCACAACUACCACAUUCCUGCAGGGACUCUGGUCCAGGCUGGAUUGUACCCCAUGGGGCGGAGUCCCCUCGUCUUCGAGGACGCCCUGCGCUAUGACCCCGCGCGCUGGCUGAGACGGGAUGACACCAACUUCAAGGCGUUGGCGUUCGGCUUUGGGUCCCGGCAGUGUAUUGGACGCAGGAUCGCUGAGACAGAGAUUACCCUUUUCCUGAUGCAUAUGUUGAAGAAUUUCCAGAUAGACACGGUGAGCAAAGACGACCUGAAGACGGUGUUUGCAUUUAUCCUAACGCCAGAGAAGCCGCCUCUUCUCACCUUCAGACCGAUCUAACAUCAGGAGCCCCUCAUCUCCCGACGCUGGAGGCCAAUCCCAGCUUUAUCCAGCCUGCAGUACAGAUUGUGAGCUCUUGUGGGCAAGGCGUGUUCUUUUUAUUAUGUAUAUGGAAUGAUGUUUACCGCCAGUGCAACUGAGAUUUAUAAUAAACUUUGUAUGACAAA